UUAUUGUACAGCUUUUAUCACGAAUAGUUUGUUAGGAUGUUCUCAAUUAGAUAGACAGUGUGUCACAAACACUGUAUCUAUAAAUUCUGGCACUACCAGUUGGAACUUUCAUUUUUUAGAGAAAAUUGGAUUUCUGUUCAAACAAGUAGUGAUUCAGAAAAUGUUGGAAGAAAACCAUAAAGAACAAAAUGAUACUGAAGAAAUAAAACUAACUGAGAAAAAUGAGUCCAAAGACGAACUGAUGGAACCGGAAGUGGAAGAUUAUGCUGAUAAAUAUCUGAUUUACGGAGUAAAUGAUGCUCCGCCUUUACAUAUUACUAUUGUGUGUGGCUUGCAGCAAGGAUUGCUUUCUCUGUCUGGUCAACUGAUUGUCUCAUUACUGGUUGCCGAAGCAGUAUGUGCGUCAAACAAUGAAAUUUUCAAAGCGAGACUUCUUAGUUCCACAUUGUUUAUGAGUGGUGUGACUACCGUCGUCAUGAAUCUAUUUGGGAUUAGACUACCAUUGUUUCAAGGGGCAGCCUCAGAAUAUGUUAUACCACUUUUACUUGUUGCCAAUGUCGACGGAACCUUUUGUUCUAGCCUUGCAUCCGAAUCUGGAGAAUCUGUUGCCAUCAACAUGACCGCAAAUUCUACAAUGGAUGACAUUCCCGUAGACAGAAUCAUAUGGAAUAUACAAGCACUACAAGGCAGUCUAAUGGUGGCCGGAUUUGUCCAUGCUAUGCUUGGCUUCACUGGCUUAAUAGGGUUCCUGCUGAAGUUUAUCGGACCUUUGACUAUCGUGCCGACCUUGGUGUUAAUCUUUAUAUUCCUGAUUAAACCAGUCCUCAAGUUUGUUGAAGUCAACUGGGGCAUUGCCAUGUCUACAGUAUUACUUGCAGUGAUUCUGUUCCUGUAUCUUGGGAACCACAAUAUGCCGGUACCAGUAUGGACGCCUUCCGGCGGCUUCCGGAUCAUACACUAUCCUCUGCAUCAAGUAUUUGCCAUUCUUAUUUCUAUUAUCGUCAAUUGGAUUAUAUGUGGAAUACUCACCAAAUUUGAUGUCAUAGAAAAUGACCCUGAUAGUAAAGGCUAUAAUGCUAGGACAGACGCACGGAGCGAGAUAAUCGCAGAUAAUCCAUGGUUUACAUUCCCAUAUCCAGGUCAGUAUGGUAUGUUCCGCUUCAGUGGACCAGCAUUUCUAUCAUGUAUGAUUGCAACAUUAAUUUCUGUACUGGAUUCCAUCGGUGAUUAUUACGCAUGCGCACGAGUAUGUCGCGUACCUGCGCCACCCCGCCACGCGGUAAAUCGAGGCAUUUUAAUGGAAGGAGUAUGUAGUUUCAUUUCCGGAAGCGUUGGAUGUGGGCAUGCGACAUCAACCUAUGGAGGGAAUAUUGGAGCGAUUGGGGUCUCGAAAGUGGCAAGCCGCAGAGUAUUUCUGUGUACCGGCAUAUUGUACAUCUUGUUUGGUAUUUUCGGAAAAUUUUCUGCUGUAUUUAUCACCAUACCGUAUCCUGUCUUGGGCGGGGCUAUAGUCGUCAUGUUCGGCAUUUUCUUCGGUGUCGUCCUGUCGAAUUUAGAGGUAACAAAUAUGUCUUCACCACGAAAUAUGGCGAUAAUUGGACUGUCAAUCUUUAUUGGCUUGUCUGUACCAACAUGGGCUCAGAAAGUUGAUAGGCCAGUACAAACAGGUAACGAGCAGUUUGAUAGAAUAAUGGCGAUGCUUCUUGGCAACCCAAACCUUGUUGGAACUAUCAUUGCAUGUUUCCUUGACAACACUGUGCCAGGUUCAGACGAAGAUCGUGGAAUAGCAGCGUGGCAAGUCAGCGAUGAUGAUGCAAAUGCUGGACAUGAUAAAACCAAGUUCAACGAAGGCUAUGAGGUGUAUAGUCCACUCUUCCCUAGACGCUUUCUUUCAUCUAAAUUUAUGAAAGUAGUACCAUUUCUGCCACAUGAGAAGUACAAAAAGUCAGACACAUAUGGUAAUGGUGUGUAGAUAAAUGAAAACGAGUUUUGAAAUUCCCACAUAUGGAAUUAAAUAGAGUAUGAAACGUUGACGUCCAUCAGUGUUUGACAAAACGCCUGGAGACGCACACUAUGUCUGUGACUGAUGGUUAACCAUUUAACCAAAGAAACAAACAUUGUUUUGAUUUAAGAAAAUUGAAUAUUCUAGAGUUUAGGCUGACCACGGUGUCAAUUCAUUAAAGGAUAACUCGUAGCGUGUUUUACAGUGCACAGUACCUCGGCGCGUAGGCACCGGAGACUCGCAACUUAAAAUAUGUGAGUUCUCAAGAAACACAUUGUAAGUUAAAAUUUGCUGAUGUUUUUACAAUAAUUGCCCUCGAUGUUUGCUUCACGGAACUUGCUACAUAUGUUUCAUUUGAACGAGUAAUUUUUUUAAAUAAUGAAAACAAUUGACAAGCGUAAGCUGGCUUGGGUGUGUAUACACACAUUUUGCGCAUUAUUUCAGUCUGAGUCACGUCUUUAUAAAGGACAUUGGUGCCAACACCAUCUUCCUGGUAUAUACUUCACUUGUAAUAUUUGUGACCCAUGUGGUCAUUUGAACAGCUACAGCAACUCUCAGAUUGAAUUCAAAUGAAAUGGAAAAAGCACCUGCGUCGUUUAAAUCUAUUGCACCGGAGUCGGAGUCCUGAAAGCGUUAUUUAAUAUCUUGUACUCUUGACAGUGCAUGUAUUUCCGAUUUUUUUUUUCUUGCGUACAUACAGCACUGCGAUAUACUCCUGUCGUAAAUUGUCUAUUUUGUUAUGUGAAGUCACGGAUGACAACUAUUACAUAAAGCAAAGAUUUUAUGAGAACUUUUAAGACAUAUUUCUCUGUAUGUAGAACAUAUUUGAAGUAUGUAAAUAUUAGCUUUAGCUGUUUCUAUCAAAAUCAUUAUUGCAGAACGGACAUAGCAGACUGUACAUGGAACAAUUUUCUAAAUAUAUAGAGACUGUAUAAAGAGCUACCUAAACUGAAAAUAGCAUACUUACUAAAAAUAUUCGUUACCUUUUUACAUAAUACGCCGUGAUCUCUGGGCAGUUGAUUUCAAUAUUGAAUGUUACCUUGCGCGUCAUUGCAUCAAAUGCGAGUCAAAGUAAGGAAAUAAAGGUAUUAGUGAGAGUCUGAAUAAAUCAUACUUAUGUCUUUUUGCCCUUGUUAGUAAACACUUUUCAAAUUGAAUCUGAGUCUCCCGUGCCCUACGCUCCGAGGCACCAGGCACGUUAAAAUGCACUAAGAGGUAUCCUUUACGGACUGGCAUCGUGAGUAAGCCCAUUCCCCUUAAAUCAACAAGCAUACAUUUUCGAUAGCCAUUUUCGGUUUUCUUGCUAGCAAAUUUUAUAUCCGUAAAAUUUAUAAUUGCUGAAGUGGUCGGACUGGUUUACAGUCAAAUUAAAAACUUGCAACUGGAAAAAAUUGCUUUUUAAAAAUUUACAGAUUUAAAAAUGACAUUGUGUCAAAUGUUCAUGCUUGAAUUAUGUUUCAUAUAAGUUAGAUUGCACAAUUUGUACAUGUCACAACAUUUCCCAUGGGAGGGCGGAGCAUGCCCGCGGACUAUCCCUGACACUUUACGCCCAUCCCCAGAACCAUAAUCCAUAACCAGAAUCCAUAAUCUGCCCCUCAGACAAACAGUAUUAUUUCAACACUUUAGAACCAUGUCCUUAAUUUCUUAUUUAAAAAUGGUUACUAUAUUAUUCCCGUAUAACACCAGUCAUAUAUCAACAUAUGUCUAUUCAAGUCAAUCAAGUUUCAUUCAAAAAUAAAUAAAGCUAUGGAAUAAG